AUGGCCGAUCAAAAUGUUUUCCAGCCGAGAGAGUCCAACAAGACACGAUCUAGUCAUGUCGCUGCCUCUUCCUCUUCCAUGGAUCAGACUCGGGAAAGAAGUCGAGCAUUAAACCAGAAGCUAGAUUUCGCCCUUCUUCCACUCCUGUCUCUCCUAUACUUGUUCAACGGCCUCGAUCGUGGUAACGUUGGUAAUGCCGAGACACAAGGAUUUACUACCGAUAUAGGAGCAGAGCCUGACGACCUUAAUGAAGCCGUGUCUCUGUUCUUUGUCACAUUCGUCGUCCUUCAGCCUGUCUCAGCCGCUGCUGGCCGUUACAUCGGUGCUAGACAUUGGAUCCCCUUUCUGAUGUUUGGCUGGGGCGCAGUGACUAUUGGUCAGGCUUUUAUCAGAGGACGUGAGGCACUCAUUGCCACAAGAUUGCUUAUUGGCGCCUUCGAAGCGGGAUUUUAUCCUACCGCCGUGGCCUACCUAUCAUUCUUCUACCCACGAUAUGACUUCUGUGUCAGAUUGGCCCUUUUUUAUGGACAGUAUGCAAUUGCCGGUGCCUUUUCUGGCUCGAUCUCAUACGGAAUCUUCCACCUUCAAGGCGGCCGCCUCAAAAACUGGCAGUACCUCUUCCUCAUUGAAGGAGCGCUGACCUGCUUCUUUGCAAUCGUUGCCUGGUUAUGGCUACCUAACGGUCCAGGCUCCGCUUGGUUCCUUCGACCGGACGAGCGAGAGCUUGCCGUCGAACGAAUGAAACAAGACAACGCCGAAUUUGUCCAGCACGAGUACAGCGAAGAUGGGAUAGAAAAGAACCGACUAAGCAAACGGGACUUUGUCGAGACGCUCAAAGACUGGAAACUGUGGACUGUCCUUGUGCUCAACAUCUGCGCCAGUGUUCCUAGCAGUGCCUUCUCGGUUUUUCUGCCUCUAGUUGUUCAGGGGUUGGGCUACGAGUCCAUCCUUGCGAACUUGAUGACAGUUCCUCCCUUUGUUUGCGGCGCUCUCGGUCUCUACGCCUUUGCCCUCAGCUCCGACCAUCACAAAGAACGCGGCUAUCAUAUUCUCGGCGGGUUGCUGCUUGGAAUCAUUGGCCUUGUUCUCACCGUCACGAUCUCCUCGAGUACUGGCCAGUAUAUAUCGCUCUGUGUACUGCUCUCGGGCGUGUACAUUUCUGCUCCUCUGACAAUGGCCUGGCUGAGCGGCAACACACCCGAGCCUGGCAAGCGCGCCCUAGUACUUGGUGUUAAUGGAUUCGGCAACCUCGGAGGCGUGAUCGGGGCACAACUGUACCGACAGCGUUAUAAGCCACACUAUAGACUUCCGUUCUACGUUACGCUGGGCUUCAUGGCCAUCGCGCUAGUCGGAUAUAUCUCAUAUCGAUUCUUGCUUGCAGCAGUCAACAAGCGCAAGAGGACGAUACUGAGCACGAUGACACCUGAAGAGAUCGAGAGCGAGAGACUCAACGAUCGCCGCUACGCAGAUAAGAAGUUCACCUUCAUGUAUGGACUUUGA